UUCGCUGACAGCUGUGAAAUGGUUUUUCUUCCCAACAAAAAACACAGCAGGGAAGGAAUCCGAACGAAAUCAGUGAAUCGAGAGGCCCCGUAAAUUCGGUUUUUCGUCCCGAAAAUGGCAUCUCUAAUCCUUGUAAAUGGGGUGCAACUGGCAAAACAACAAACCGGGCUGUUGGGUAUCGUGUGCCUGAAGGCGAACUACAGCAGCGAUGCACCGCACAAGCUGAAAACCACCAAUCUGGCAGCAUUGAAGCGUGGUACCGGUGGCCGCUCAAGUUUCAACGGGAUCGUGGCGACGGUGUUUGGCAGCACCGGGUUCCUUGGUCGCUACGUGUGCAACAAGCUGGGCAAAAUUGGCAGUCAAGUCAUCAUCCCGUACCGUGCCGAUCACUACGAAGCCUUGCGUCUCAAGCUGGUCGGUGAUCUUGGCCAGGUACUGUUCCAUCCGUACGAUUUGCGCGAUGAGGAAGCGAUUUACAAGGCGGUAAAACACUCGAACGUCGUUAUCAACUUGGUUGGUCGCGACUGGGAAACGAAGAACUUCAACUUCAAGGAUGUGCACGUGGACGGUGCACGGCGGUUGGCUCGCAUUGCGCGCCAGGCUGGUGUGGAGAAGUUUGUACACGUUUCCAGCCUGAAUGCAACACCGCAUCCGCAACCGUUCUUCACGAAGGAAGGCAGCAAAUUUCUGCAGAGCAAGUACUACGGUGAGUUGGCGGUGCGGGAAGAGUUCCCCGAUGCGAUCGUGUUCCGCCCGUCGGACAUCUACGGUCAGGAGGAUCGGUUCCUGCGCUACUAUGCGCACAUUUGGCGCCGACAGUUCCGUGCCAUGCCGCUGUGGUACAAGGGUGAACGCACCAUCAAGCAGCCGGUGUACUGUUCGGAUCUGGCGCAAGGUAUUGUGAAUGCUAUCAAGGAUGCGGACAGUCAGGGCCAAACCUAUCAGGCGGUCGGUCCGCGUCGGUACAAACUGUCGGCGCUGGUCGAUUGGUUCCAUCAGGUGAUGCGCAAGGACGAGAAGUGGUGGGGCUACUAUCGGUACGAUCUGCGCUACGAUCCGACGUUCCGUAUUAAGGUGCUGCUGACGGAAAUGCUUACACCAUCGUUCCCGAUCGGUGAUGUGCACACGGAACGUGUCGAGCGCGAGUACGUUAGCGACGAAGUGCAGAAAGGUGUUCCGACGCUGGAAGAUUUGGGCGUCAAUUUGACGUACAUGGAAGAUCAGGUUCCCUGGGAGCUGAGACCGUACCGUGCUGCCCUGUACUACGAUGCUGAGUUAGAUGAGUUCGAAAAACCAACGCCACCACAGUACAUCCAGUAGGAGUUUAACUUUCUCCCACAGCUGCCCGGAAAACGAACGAUCCGUGCGUGUUCUAGUGUAGAGCGAGCGAGUGUACGAAUGUGCGUGGUUGGCUAAUGGUAAACAGCUAAACCGUGCCACAUGUAAAAACCGUUAAACAAAAAAAAACAUUCAAACAAAAAAGUAAAUAAAAAAAGGUCCGUAAAAUCAUA